AUGCCUUCACGGGUAGGAUCUCCGCCUGACUCGGUGUUCGGCUUUGAACAAAUCGCCAAGAAGUACUUCUUGUCUUGUACUGCCGCGUUAGUUGCCGAAACAGUCACAUACCCUCUAGAUAUUACGAAAACACGAUUACAAAUUGCAAAAAAUAAACAUACUAAAGGAGGGAUGGUUCAAGUCACAUAUGACAUCAUAAAGAAAGAGGGAGCCAUGAGCUUAUGGACGGGAGUAGGACCGGCUAUCACUAGACACUAUAUUUACACAGGCAUACGAAUGGGAGCAUAUGAAUUACUUAGAGAUUCGGUGUACGAUAGAUCUACAGGAGCUUCGUUCCCGAUGUGGAAGUCCAUGGUCUGCGGAGCUUUAUCAGGGCUCAUCGCUCAGUUCGCAGCUAGUCCAACAGAUCUUAUUAAAGUUCAAAUGCAAAUGGAAGGGUUACGUAAACUACAGCAUCAACCUCUCCGAUAUACAGGAGCUUGGCAUUGUUUUACAAGCUUAUAUAGGACACAAGGCUUUUUUGGUUUGUGGUUAGGAUGGAUUCCGAACUGCCAACGAGCAGCUCUACUCAAUAUGGCUGAUAUAGCUACUUACGACUUUGCCAAACAUUAUUUUGUUGAUCAACUAGCCAUGAAGGAUAACUGGGUAACUCAUGCACUAGCUUCAUCAUGUGCAGGAUUAGCUGCUGCUAUUGUUUCUUUACCUUCCGAUGUUGUGAAAACAAGACUGAUGGAUCAAAUUAGACAUGAACUUGAUGCGAAGAUGGACCACAAGAAGAACACACAUGUCCAUCUUUACAAUGGCUGUAUCGAUUGCUUUGUCAAAAUCAUUAAGCACGAAGGAUUCUUCUCUCUAUACAAAGGCUUUAUACCUUCUUAUAUUAGAAUGGCUCCUUGGUCUCUAACCUUCUGGGUCUCGUAUGAAAAGAUAAGAACUCUAGUAGGCGCUCCAAGUUUUUAG